AUGGCCGGCGCGCAGAGUGCAGGAGAGGCUACUCUCCCCGGCUCGCCGUUCUUUGGAGCCUUUGCAGAAACGGCGCCUCAGGACGCAACAGAGGAAGUUUUGAAAGAGCUCCGGACCUUGCUGGGCCAGGCGCGCGUGGCCACUUGCAUGGACACGGUGGUGAAAACGCAGUGUACAUACAGCUUGGACAGCCCGCUGUCACCGUGCGGCCUGUUUGUGAAUUUGUCAACUUUCUUCGCGGCCUCCAUCGACGCCCUUCCCCUGGACUGUGUGCUCACCAAGGAAACAGCGUCAACCCAGGCGACCUCGCGUUCCGCCUCUGCUGCGAAACAAAUUUGUCCUCGACAGCGCUUGUAUCUCCACGUUUAUUCGAAAGUCGACGAUGAGCAGGCCGCGAAGAUACACCGGAAACUCCAUGAAGCGGAAGGGCGAACUCCCGAUGCGAAAGACCAGGCUCUUCCCUCCCAAGACGAAGCAGAUGUCGCCGCCGAAGAGGAAAGAGCAUCGGCACAGCCGCACAAACUCGCUAUCAACGUGGAAGGAGGUUUCCAGAUCGAAGAGAACAGCGGAGACGCGUGUCCAGAAACUCUCAGCAACACGUUUGUUUACUCUCUCGCGCUGCUUCCGCCCGUCCUCGAACUGCCGCCCACGAGCUACCGCUCCACCUACCUUGCCGCUGCGUCUCCGGCGCCGGACGCUCAAGCAGCUGCGAAGGCACAGGAAACCUGGGAAAAGAGCGUCUUGCGGCAGCUGAAAUUUCUGCAAAUCAACACGGUGCCCGAGGCCCUCCGAGCAGCCUGCCAAGCGCUGAUCGAGCAUCGCGGAUUCGGAGGCGGCGCUGCCUCAACUGCCAUUGGCGCGUGGGAAGAAGAACUGAAGCCGAGUCGCUAUGCGGCAAAUCUGGAGCAAGUGCCGCAGCCUCCGCUGGUGGGACCGACCGACUGGCGGUGCGCCGACUGUGGGGCGACAGCCAAUCUGUGGCUGAAUCUCUCUGACGGAUACAUUGGAUGUGGCCGAAAACUCUACGGCGUCGGAGGAGGUUGCGCAGACGGACGGGAAGGAGCAGCGAUCCGCCACUUUGAGGAGACUGGCCAGAAAUACCCGCUGAUCGUGAAGCUCGGUACCAUCACGCCGUACUCGGCCGACGUUUACUGCUACGCCCCCGACGAGGACUGCACAGUCUUGGACCCGCACCUCCCCGAACACCUCGCGCACUUUGGAAUCAACGUGCAACAGGUGCGGUGA